GACUGUCUGUUCGGUUGACGUCAAGAGGUAGAAAGCCAUUAUGUGUUAUUGUAUUGUGAUGUAGAAUUAUAUAGUCACGUUUUAUCGUUCUAAAUACAGUUUAGUUUUAACCCGCGAUUUUAUUGCCCUAAUGGGCCACCUGAGUAACAUCACAAAAGUGGCGACGAGUGUAAACGUUUUUUUUUUGUCGGUUUCUCCGGUUUCGAGUAGCGAAAACGCGUCCGAAAAUUCACCACCACCACGACGCCUCCAAGGAAGAGGAGAAAGCGCACAUAUAGCGUAAUGGAGGAGCAGCAGCAGCAGCAAGCUUCGGGAGUCAAUUCACUCGGACAGGGCCAGAAUGGGCAUCACCAGCAGCAGCAUCCUCCACCGCAGCAACAGCUUCCUCCGCAUCAACAGCAGCAUCCUUUACCGCCUCAGCAACAUCCAGCACCUCUCCACAAUCAACCGCAGCUUGGCCUUCCACACGAUGCCCUCAUUCUGCAAAUAUUGCAGCAACUGCAGCAUCAGCAAGCCAUAACCAACCAGCUCCUUCAGCAGCAGCGAGAGUCGCAACAGCAACAACAACAGGGAGCUUUCCAGCAGCAGCAGGAAAUCUUUCGGAGCGCGAUGCAAUCCAUCCAAGUGAACGUUCCUCCCAAUCCGGAAAUCAUCCUGGACUCGUUGGCUGCAAACAUUAAAGAGUUUCUGUACGACCCAGAAACUCAUUCCACAUUUGGUUCGUGGUUUGCGAGAUAUGAAGACCUGUUCGCGAAAGAUGCGGAACGAAUUGACGACAGUGCAAAGGUACGAUUGCUUCUCCGUCGGUUGGGAACUCAGGAACAUUAUCGAUAUGUCAGCUACAUCCUGCCAAACACACCGAAAAAUUUCUCGUUUUUGGAAACAGUGGAGAAGUUACGAGGUCUAUUCGGUACAAAGGAGUCAGCAGUGAAAAAGCGGUACUCCACACUCACCAUCACGAAAUCACCCACGGAGGAUUAUGUGUCGUACGCCUGCCGGGUGAACAAGAUGUGUGUGGAAUUUGAACUGUCCAAGAUGUCAGAAGCACAGUUCAAAUGCCUAAUGUUUGUUUGUGGCCUUAAAUCCGAGCGCGAUUCGGAAGUGCGAAUGAGACUGCUUUCCAAGAUCGAGGAUAGCAAUAAUGCCACCCUGGACACGCUCAUCGAGGAAUGUCAACGGUUGAUGAACCUCAAAAGUGAUACAGCCAUGAUUGAGAAUCCGGUUCCCUCUACAGUUCAAGCCAUCAAGGGAAACCAGCAACACCGGAAGACAUUCAAGAAGCCGUUCGACAAUCAGCGUAGUUACCAACAGCAACAGCAUCAGCAGCGGAAGAGUGGUCCGGCAUCACCUUGCUGGAAUUGUGGUGCGAUGCACUACGCAAAAGAAUGUAGCUUCAUCAACCACAAGUGCUCGUCCUGCAAUCAGUCGGGGCACAAAGAAGGAUAUUGCUCCAGUGCCAAGAGAUCAGCGAAGAGAAGAAAACCCUACAAUAAGCAGUUUUCCACCAAAACCGUGGUGUCCGUCAACAGUGUGCAAGGCAAGCGGCGUUUCGUUUGGGUGAAGCUGAACGAUAUUCCGGUUCGUCUUCAAUUAGACACAGCAUCAGACAUCACGAUUGUGUCGAAGCAGAUAUGGGAGAGAAUCGGUAGGCCAGCGGCAGUGCCGACAGUUCAAAGUGCCAAAACUGCAUCAGGAGAGGACCUUCGUCUCGAAUUUGAGUUCUCUUGCACAGUUUCUCUAAACGAGUCCGUGAGUACUGGUCAUAUUUACGUUUCUAAUAACUCCUUGAAUCUUCUGGGAAUCGAUUUUAUCGACAAGCUGAACCUCUGGUCUUUACCGAUGAACAAAUUCUGCAAUCUCGUUAGCGGUGAGGGACCAAUCGAUGCAGCUUCAUUGCAGAGGGACUAUCCCAGACUAUUCAGUUCAACUCUGGGACUCUGCACCAAGACAAAAGUUAGUUUGGCACUCAAGGAGGCAUGCAAACCAGUUUUUCGACCUAAACGACCAGUCUCCUAUGCGAUGCUACCCAUCGUCGAUGCAGAGCUAAAUCGUCUAGAAGGCCUGAACAUAAUCUCUCCUGUAGAUUUCUCGGAGUGGGCGGCUCCAAUUGUCGUGGUGAGAAAAUCAAAUGGUAGUAUCCGUAUAUGUGGCGAUUAUUCUACCGGUCUAAACGAUCGCCUACUACCGCAUCAGUACCCGCUACCCUUGCCACAGGACAUUUUCUCGAAGUUGACUGGCUGUACAGUUUUCAGCCAGAUCGACUUAUCAGACGCUUUUCUGCAAAUGGAGGUCGACGAAAGCAGUCGGAAACUACUCACCGUUAAUACUCAUCGGGGCUUGUACCAAUAUAACAGGCUCCCUCCCGGAGUGAAGGCAGCUCCUGGCGCAUUCCAGCAAAUGAUAGACAUCAUGUUGGCAGGACUUAGCUUCACGUCGGGCUAUCUGGAUGAUGUUGUCGUCGGUGGUAGGACCCCUGAAGAACAUCAGCAAAACUUGCACGCAGUACUUCAGCGCAUUCAAGAAUUCGGGUUUACGAUUCGACCAGAAAAGUGCUCUUUUGGACGGGAACAACUCGGAUAUUUGGGCCUUUUGCUCGAUAAAGACGGACUUCGCCCAGAUCCGAAUAAAAUCAAGGCAAUCCAGGACAUGCCUCCUCCUCGCGAUCUGACCGGUGUCCGUUCAUUCCUGGGAGCCGUGAAUUAUUACGGCAAGUUUGUCCCGAAUAUGCGCUCACUGAGAUACCCGUUAGACGAACUCCUCAAGACAUCGUCACCCUUCAAGUGGACAAAAGAGUAUCAAAAGGCUUUCGACGACUUUAAAGCGAUUCUGUCUUCUGAUCUUCUGUUGGCACACUAUGAUCCACAACGAGAAAUUGUUGUAGCAGCUGAUGCAUCAUCAAUCGGCAUCGGAGCUACUAUCAGCCACAAGUACCCGGAUGGCAAAAUGAAGGUGAUACAGCAUGCUUCGCGAGCACUAACAUCCACCGAACAAAAGUACUCGCAACCAGACCGUGAAGGAUUAGCAAUUGUAUUUGCGGUAACUAAGUUUCACAAAUUCAUCUUCGGCAGACGGUUUCGUCUACAAACGGAUCAUGCUCCACUAUUGCGGAUCUUCGGAUCAAAGAAGGGUAUACCGGUGUAUACAGCUAAUCGCCUCCAACGCUGGGCCCUUACACUGUUGUCCUAUGACUUCUCAAUGGAAUAUGUCGCAACGGAUAAAUUCGGGAAUGCGGAUGUAUUGUCGCGUUUAAUUGAUCAGCACAUCAAACCCAAUGAAGAUUUUGUAGUAGCCUGCACAAACCUCGAAGAAGAACUAAAAUCUGUAGCCAACAGCACAAUCAGUCAGCUUCCACUCAGUUUUCGGAUGGUGGAGCAAGCCACAAAUUCCGAUCCAGUUCUUCGGAAAGUCUACCGUUUCAUCAAACACGGAUGGCCGAAAAAUCGUGCCGAAAUCAAGGACCAAGAGUUAUUGCGCUACUACGACCGCCAGGAAGCGCUGUCCAUCGUCGAAGGUAGUAUUAUGUUCAGCGACAGGUUGGUUAUACCAGCACUCUACAGAAAGCGAUGCCUGAAUCAACUGCAUAAGGGACAUCCAGGAGUCCAACGGAUGAAGGCCAUCGCGCGCAGCUUUGUCUACUGGCCUUGUAUGGACGACGAAAUCACUAGCUACGUUCGAGCUUGUAACAGUUGCGCCUCCGUAGCAAGAUCUCCGCCAAAAGCAACACCAGUGCCAUGGCCAAAGCCCACGGUUCCAUGGCAGAGAAUUCACGUCGAUUAUGCUGGCCCACUGGAGGGCGAGUACUAUCUCAUCGUAGUGGAUGCAUAUAGUAAAUGGCCGGAAAUUCUUCCAACUAAGUCCAUCACAGCGAAGGCUACAAUUAACCUGCUACGAAGUGUGUUCACCAACAAGGGGAUGCCAGAAGUCUUAGUGUCCGAUAAUGGCACGCAGUUCACAAGCGCCGAAUUCAAGGAGUUCUGCGUUGAAAAUGGAGUAGAACACAUGACAACAGCACCAUUCCACCCACAAUCCAACGGCCAAGCCGAAAGAUUUGUGGACACCUUUAAGCGGGCGGUCAGGAAGAUUCAGGAGGGAGAAGUUUCCAUCAGAAUGGCAUUGGAUACAUUCCUACUUACCUACAGAACCACGCCAAAUCUGAAUACGCCAAAUGGAAGAUCACCUGCGGAGCUGAUGUACAAUCGUCGACUCAGAACAUCUUUGGAACUUCUACGUGUACCGCACAACCAAGCACAACCAAUGCAGACUGAUGCUAAUCCUCAAUCCAGGUCGUUCGUUCCGAAGGAUACCGUUUACGCCAAAGUGUACAUCAACAAUAAGUGGACUUGGGCGCCAGGCACGGUAGUGGAAAGGAUCGACUGUGUAAUGUAUAACGUAUGGGUCGAUAAUAGGAAGUUGAUCCGUUCUCACAUAAACCAGUUGAAGAGCCGAGGUGCAAUGACCCAUCAAGGAAGCAAGAAGCAAAGUAUACCGCUAGACAUCCUGCUGAGUGAGUGCGACGUGAACACGCCUGCAGCAAUGCGUACUCCGAUUCAGGACACACCCUCGCUGGAACACCGAUUGGAACCAUCGGAUCGGGUAUCGUCCAGUUUGAAGUCAUUUCCGUUACCAAACGAAACAAAUUCGUCCUGUUCAACAGCGACGUCAUCGACGACAGCAGCUGAAUCUUUGCCAGUGGUCCAGGCCCCUCGACGAUCUUCUCGUGUCAGAAGAGCGCCGCAGUGGUUCAACGCUUACCAGCGAAUUUAA